AUGAGUUUACCUUCCUCAUCUAGUAAAUAUUUUGAUAAUAGACUUGGAAGUUUGACAGAAUCAAUUGUAGAAAAUAUAGUCAAUGAAAAUGACCCUCUGAAAUUCACUCAACUGUCACAUCCGACCAUUCAACAAAAAAAGUCAUUUAUUCAGCUUGGGCUAGCUCAGCCAAAGUUUCCUACACCACAUAUUGUGGAGAAAUAUUAUUUUGAAAUGAAGGUUGUGGGUGGAGUGACAAUAGAACAAAAACGAUCAUGGUUGAGCUAUUCUAAAGAACUUGAUAAAAUAUUUUGUACAACUUGUCUAGUCUUUGCUAAAAAGGAUGAUAGUAAUGUACUCCGUGAUGGUUACAAUAAGUGGGUUAAUGUUAGCAACCGAAUAAAAGAACAUCCAAUGCAAAAGAACCAUAUUGCUGCUUGUGAGACAUUAUUAGCUGUGAUGUGUGAUAAAACAAUAUAUUCACAAAUUUCUAAGCAAUGUGCAGAACAAGUACAGCAGUUCAAAAGAGAAGCUGAAGUUCUACAUGAGUAUUUGCACAGAAUCAUUGACUGUUUGCGAUAUAUGUGUUCAGAGUCAAUACCUCAUCGAGGAAGUGAUGAGAACAAUUUCUAUCUAUUAGCUGAUAAAAAUGAAGCUUUUCAACCUGGUGCUGGGAAAUUCCUAAAUUUGGUGAAUUUGUUAGGAAUAUAUGAUAAAACUGUGUCCACAAAAUUGCAUCAAGUUAGAGAGCAUUAUCAACACAGACCUGGAGAAGGUCCAAAAGGGAGAGGAAGUAAAAUAUCACUUCUGUCAAAUAAUACACAAGACAAGCUUGUCAAAACAAUGGGUAAUCUGGUAAAGAAAAAAAUUGUUGAAUGUGUAAAUGAUGCAGUAUUCUAUAGUAUAUCUGCUGAUGGAACCACUGAUAUUUCAUUAUGUGAACAAAUGGCCAUAACUCUGCGUUUUGCUCAAGGAAUGGAGGUAAAAGAACAUCUUAUUGAUCUGGUUCAAUGUGAAGUAACCACGGGAGAAGCAAUCACUGAGGAAAUUAAAUGUUCUCUAGAACGAAACAAUAUUCCAUUGGGACAAUGCGUUGGGAGUUCUUUUGAUGGAGCAUCAAAUAUGCAGGGAAAGCAUAAAGGAGUUGCCACUCGUAUUCAAGAACUUGCACCAAUGUCAAUUAAUGUGUAUUGUGGUGCACAUGGAUCAAAUUUAGUAAUGAAAGCUUGCUGUCACUCUUCUGUUGCUGCUGUGAAUAUAUAUGGGACAGAUGCAAAACCAGGUGAACUGCAGAAACUUCGUUCAUUUCUGUAUGGCAAUGCUCGAAAACGUAACCAAAUAUUUCAAGAAAACAAAAAGAAGUGCACAAAUAGCAAACUUCGCUCCCUUGAGCUGGCAGGCACACAUACAAUCAGAUUUCUAUCACUUCAUGAUGCUACAGAUAGAGUUCUGAAACUCUACAGAGUUGUUUUGGAUACACUGCUACAAAUUUAUGAGAACACUGAUGAAUUUGAUGCAACAGUGCGAUCUGAAGCUGAAGGCCUCCUCAACAAAUUUGACUCAUUUGAUACACUUGCAACGCUGCUACUUUUUGACGACCUGUUUGAAAUUCUGGCACCACUCAACUUAUCUCUUCAGACUAGAAGUAUUGACUUGCUAGUUGCAAUAUCUAUUGUGGACAAUGCAAGUAAAAAACUGCAGCUAUUGAGAGAUUCAGCCGCACAAGAUAUGAUAGCCAAAGCAGAGAAGUUGGCAAGAGAGUUGAAACUUUCAUCAAUGGAAUUUGAAGUCCAACGAGUACGUAGGAAGAAAAGGCAGACACUGGAUGAGGGCGUAGAUGAAAGAUCUACCUCAGCAAAAGAUAACUGGAAAGUAGAAGUAUUUUACACAGCUAUAGACUCAGCCAUCAAUGUCCUACAGGAGAAAUUCCAAAGUCAACGCAGUGUGCUGGCAUCAAUGUCAUUGUUUCAGCCUCAAAGAUUCAAGGAAAUGGUAGCUACUGAUAAGCAGCUUUUGAAGCAGAAUAUAGAGCCAUUAAUGAAAAAAUAUCAAAUGGACUCCGAGAUUAUAUUGAAAGAGCUGCUUCAUUUUUCAAGCAUUUGCCUUAGUUAUGAAGCUGAUAUUUUGGACCCAAUACAAGCAAGUUUCAUUAAUACAUACAAAUUCCUGAAGUCCAAGAACUUGGAUUCUGUUUUUCCCGAAUUAACAACAGUAUAUCAUAUUCUGAGCACUAUCCCAAGCAGUUCUUCCGAAUGUGAAAGGGUAUUCAGUAAAAUGAAGAUAAUAAAGAGCAGACUGGCAAGCAGAUUAACACAUGAAAAUUUGAACCAGAGGAUUCAACUAGCAACAGAGUAUGAACUAAUGUGGAAGUUGAACAAGGAAGAUAUCAUUAAAGAAUAUGCCGACAGUAAUGAGAUGAAGCGACUUUUGUUUCCCUAG